AUGGCAACCCAAACAGUCCCUGAAGCGCUGACAGCGCCGACGCAAGCAUUUGACAAUGCUCCGCCAUUCCCAGAGGAUGUGCCAACCGCACCGCUCCUGCGCCUAUCUCUUGCUAAACUCCUCGAACGGGAUCCUGAAGAGGUGAUUCGUUUCGUGCGAGCCUGCGAAGACCUCGGAUUCUUCUAUCUAGACUUGAGUGGCCCAGGGGAUUCUCUGCUUGCCGAUGCAGACCAGCUUUUCCAAGUUGGUGAGGAGUUGUUUGAGCUCCCACUGGACGAGAAAAAGAAGUACGACUUCCAGAAAAAGGGAUCGUACUUUGGCUACAAAGGCUUUGGUGCCAAUGUGGUUGACCGCGAUGGUAAUCUCGAUCGCAAUGAAUUCUACAAUGUAUCCAAAGAUGACAUGUUCGGGAUCAUGGACCCUUUACCCGCUCCCGAACUCCUAAGCUCUCGACGUCCCCUUCUGAAGUCGUUCAUGACAUCAGCUCACGGCAUCGUUACACUGGUCCUCGGAUUGCUCAACGACCACCUCAAACUACCCCCCAACACUUUGCAAGACAUGCAUCGCCUCGAGGGGCAUUCAGGAGAUCAAGUCCGUUUUAUCAAAGCCCCGCCACAGCCUAUGGACGACCGACGAACAGCGUUGGGUGAGCACACCGACUUUGGAAGUGUGACAGUCCUCUUCAAUCGACUGGGUGGUCUGCAGGUUCUUCCACCCGGACGCAACGCACAAUGGUGCUAUGUCAAACCCCUCCCAAAUCACGCUAUUAUCAACCUGGGCGAUGCGAUGGUGAAAUUUACAAACGGUCUUCUAAGAUCGAACAUACAUCGUGUGGUCUCUCCACCCGGUGAGCAGGCAGACCACACUAGAUUCUCCCUGGUGUACUUCAACCGACCGGAAAAUGACGUGAUGCUAAAGCGGUUGGAGGGAAGUGAGAUGAUUCCUCCAUUGGAGAAGGACGCAGUUGAAGAAGAGAUCAAUAGCAAAGAUUGGAUUCUGAGACGAGCGCUGGGACAUCGGAUUGAACUGUUUGGCAAAGAUGCAGCCAAUUUCGACAAAAUCCAAGGCACUGAAAAGAUCAGCCAGCGUGCUUACCUUUAG